AGAGCUCGUUCUCAAUGAACGCCGAGCAGUCGGAUGCACGAGUUUCUCUUUUUGUGUGCACUGUGAUGUGUGUGUGUCGAUAAGAGGUGGAUCCGACCGAUGCAACGGGAGGCCGUACCAGAUUCCGCGCGAGCAAUUGGCUGCUCGUGAACUUUGUUUAUCCGCGCACGCCACGCACUCAGAAUGUCUCGCGAAUCACCGGUAGAUUAGCGAGAUCAUCCACACACGCAGUCCGCAGUGUGCAGUGCGCAGGUCAGGAUAGAGCGCGUCGCGUGCAACCACACAGACCGUGAGAGAGAGAAAUUAACGGCAACCGGAGAGAUGACAGAGAAACGGAUGUCGCGCUGGUACUUCGGUGGGAUCGCGUCGUGCGGAGCAGCCUGCUGCACGCACCCGCUGGACCUGGUCAAGGUGCACCUGCAGACGCAGCAGGAGGUGAAGAUGAGGAUGCUGGGCAUGGCCAUGCACGUGGUGAAGAACGACGGUGUGCUGGCGCUCUACAACGGCCUCAGCGCCUCGCUCUGCAGACAGAUGUCCUAUUCUCUCACCAGGUUUGCCAUCUAUGAGACGGUCAGAGACGUGAUGGGCAGCGGUGCUCAGGGACCCAUGCCCUUCUAUCAGAAAGUGCUGCUGGGCGCCUUCGGAGGCUUCACCGGCGGUUUCAUCGGGACUCCUGCAGAUCUGGUUAACGUUCGGAUGCAGAACGAUAUGAAGCUUCCUGCAGAUCAGAGGAGAAACUAUAAACACGCGCUGGACGGACUCUUCAGGGUCUGGCGGGAAGAGGGCACCAGGAAGCUGUUCUCGGGAGCCACUAUGGCGUCCAGCAGAGGAGCCCUGGUCACUGUCGGACAGCUGGCGUGUUAUGAUCAGGCCAAGCAGCUGGUGUUGGGCACAGGACUCAUGGGAGACAAUAUACUCACACACUUCCUGUCCAGCUUCAUCGCUGGAGGUUGUGCGACGUUCCUCUGCCAGCCGCUGGAUGUAAUUAAGACAAGAUUGAUGAACUCUAAAGGAGAAUACAGAGGAGUGAUCCACUGCCUGAGUGAAACCGCCAAACUGGGACCACUGGCCUUCUACAAGGGUUUAGUUCCCGCUGGGAUCCGCUUGAUUCCUCACACGGUCCUGACCUUCGUCUUCCUGGAGCAGCUGAAGAAAUACUUCGGCAUCCGGGUGGUCAGCUGAACUUUGACCUCUUGACCUUGUCCCUUUGGCCCCCUCUUGAAGCUGCACUCACUUCCACAAUAUUAUUUCUGGAGAGUCUCUCACUACACUGUCUGAAUGCCAAACCGGUCAGGAGAGGAUCUCAAUGACUAGGCCUUUCUCAAUGUCAAGGGUACUUCCUCGGCAGGACUGGUCCUUCCAAGUCACUUCCUUCAGAGGCUAGGCGAGACUCCCCUUUAGCAUUCGGAGAACACGUAAAUGGAACAGGCUAGCAAGUGCACGUAAUUGCAUCAUUACGUCAGUAAAAAGGUCCGUUUGAAUAACGCUGUGAAUGAUAUAAUGGUAUAAUAUUAACGUUUUAUUACUUUGGACAACUUAACUAGUUAUUUAUAAAAGAAAUGCCGGUGACGCAACCAAGCUAACAAUUGUUAAAUGACAGGUCCGGGUCAGUUAGCCAUCAAUAACGUAAUUUCUAUUUGUAUAAUUUACAAUAUCAAUAUGGUAGUAAUUUUUACUGGCAUUUAAACGUUAAACUUUACUUAUAUUUACUACAAUUAUAACAAAUGUUUGGUAAACGUAAAUAAAACUGUUAACGCUCAGACUCCGCUAAUGUUCGACAUUUGUAAAUUUUUGAACAAGAUAGCAAAGCUGCGCUCAUAGGGUUGUGGGUGAUUUUAAGAGUGCGAAGGCUACACAUAUGCAUCCUUUCCUGUGUAUGCGAUAUUUUUCGAACAAAGGACUCAGUCCUUGGAUCCUUCCUUGACAUUGAAAAACGCCUACUGUAUGCUCCUCUCUUCAGGCUGAGCUGUAGAUUAUAGAUCUCAUCCAUCUAGUUGAAUUAAUGAUUCUGAUUGUUGAUUUUUAAGCUGUUUUUAAAUCCUUGUUCUGCAACAAGACGUUUUAAAGGAAUAGUUCACUCAUAGGGCCCUAUCAUACACCUGGCACAAUGUGACGCAAUGGAUUCCUGCUUGACUUGUAGAUGAUCUGCUCACGCACUUUAACUUCACGCUCGAGCAGAUCGGUUUCUUUGAUUGAGAAGCGUUCUGCUUUUCUGCCAACAAAUUCUGCCAUAUAAAUAGAGAUCUGCCAUGGCGCGAGUGUAUCUUGCUCUUAAAGGGAAUGGGAGAUGACACUCUGAUUUGUUUAUUGAAUGUUACGUCCAUUACUUACUAAGAGAAUAGGGACAACCCAUUCCACAAACCGUUUGUCUGUUGACACACCUGCGCCGUUUUAGACCGUUAAAUUGGGCCCAUUAUCUCAUCAUUUACUCCUGGACAAUGCUUUUUAUUGUUGUUUUCCUUUUCUUUUCCAUUUAUUAAAUAGUUUUGUUAGGGUGAGUCAAUUCUAACAGAUUGUUUUUGCUGUGUGAACUAUUUCUUUAAGACAUAAGAUGCGCACAAAUAAGACGGUCCAUAUUGCUUUAAGGUUUUUAAAUGGUUACGUUCAGUCUGUAUGAAUUGUGUUAAACUUUUAAUGGAACAAAUAUCUUCAACUAUUUUCUGGAUUUGAUUCACAUCAGGGUUAGGGGGGACAGAAUAAAACCAAGGUUUACUUUUAUAUCCAAAAUGAGCUUCAUAGAAAAAAAAAAAAAACAUUAGACAACAGACUGAUGUGAAUCCAUGUGUUUGCAAUGUGAAAGAUGAGUCAGAAUCUUGUACUUGAUGCUAUACUUUAAUUUUUCAUGAUAUUUCUGCUGGAAAACUGCCUCAUCUGUAACUGAAAUAAUGUUAGAUCUUCUGUCAUUUCUGCAAAUACGCCUGUAGUUGUUUUAGUGUUGAGUUAAUGGGGCAUUUAGUGAAUAAGGUGCAUAUCUUUGAAUAUCUUGAGUUAUCCUGAGCUAAGCAUAUAACAUUUAUAACAAAUUUAGUUUAAACUAUAUAUAUUAGAUUAUGUUGGUUAAUUACCAUAUUGGUAUAUGCCUAAAAACGUGCUUGGUUGUUUUUAAUUUAAUUUAAUUUAGUUUGACACUAAGAAUGAAGUGGAUCACUGGAGAAGCCUGUAUGGGUGUCCAGCAGAUGUGUGCAUGCGUGGAGGGUUCGAGGGUUUGCAGAUUUGGUUACGAACAAGUUUUUUAUAAUACAAAUGUAUUUGUAAUUAAGGGUUAUUAAUUGUAAUUUAGGGUUUUUGAAAAUCAAAUGCUUGAACUGAAUAGAACUGAGCUGCUCUCUCUGCCUCGAGAAAAAUGCAAAUAUGAAACCAAAUGAGAUAUAAAACUGGUCUAAACUGCAGUUGUGCCUCCUCAGAACGACAUUUUGUCUAAAAUGAAAAUAUAUGGAAAUAAAAGUACUAACACAAGAAAAA